CGCUAUUUGUUGUGUGCGUCCAUUCGCGUCGCUGUGCUUUCGGCUUGGGUACUGUUAGCCGGCAAAAUUUAUAAUUUUAUUUAAUUAAACUUUCGAAGUGCUCACCGCAGCGUUUAAUUAUUAUAAUUAAAUAGAAAAACAAUUUACAAAUAAGAAAAUUCCCAGCAAACAGCAAAAAUGAUUCACGUUUCGCAGGAUAUGAUUAGCAGUGUGACGGACCCAAUUACGGGUGAGCUCGCCCAUAUACACCGUUUUACUUUGGUGAACGAUGUCACGAAUACGUAUGUGCAGGUCAUAUCUUAUGGUGCCGCCAUCUUUUCUCUCCGAAUUCCAGAUGAAUCCGGUAAAUUGCAAGACGUUGUUCUGGGCUUCGAUUUAAUACAAGAUUACGAAGAUGAAAGUAAUCCGUACUUUGGUGCCACCAUCGGACGUGUUUGUAAUCGCAUUGCAAAUGGCCAAUUCAUGAUUUACGACAAAGAAAUUCAAGUUAGUCAAAAUCACGGUGACCAUCACUUGCAUGGUGGCUCUAUUGGUUUUGAUAAAGUGGCAUGGAAUCUGAAGGAAGUUCAUGAAAAUGGUGUCACUUUCUGUCAUCGUUCACCAGACGGUCAUGAGGGUUACCCUGGUGAACUAUUUGCCACUGUACGUUAUACACUGCACGAUGAUAAUACUUUGCGUAUUCAUAUGACUGCAAAAACAACAGUAACAACCGUGGUGAAUAUGACAAAUCAUUCGUACUUCAAUUUGGCUGGACAUGAUGCCGGCAGGGAGGCUCUUUACCAGCACACUGUAUCGAUAUACGGGCGUGAUAUAACGCAAACAGAUAACUAUUGUAUUCCAACCGGCAUAUAUCUGCCUGUCGUUCACACUGCCUACGACUUUCGGUGCGGCGAAAAUCUGGGUCGACAUAUACGCCAAAUUGAGGAUAGAAAAUUGGGUUUCGAUGACAACUACUGUGUGACACGGGACGGAGUGAGUGAGAAUGGGAUCGCUAGAGUGGCAAAGGUUGUCCACCAGCCGACUGGUCGUUGGAUGGAGGUCUAUAGCAACCAACCAGGCGUGCAAUUCUACACCGGCAACUUUCUGCCAGAUGAGCGAAAGGGCGAGAAACUCCUAAAGGGCAGAGAUAAAGCCACCUACCAAAAGCACGGCGCAUUCUGUCUGGAGACACAAAAGUAUCCCGACGCACCCAAUCAUAAACACUUCCCAUCCAUUAUACUAAGACCCGGCGAAUUGUAUGAGCAUGUGGUGCACUAUAAAUUCGGCACGCUCCGGAGUAAGGCGCCAUUAACUAGGCUCAGCGAAUUGGAUGAUAUUGAAUAUAUUGAUAUGAGCGGUGCCGAUAAUUUAGAAGAUGAUGUUUAUGCAGAUAUUUCUGCAGAGGUCACAAGCGCAUCUAAAUCAGAUAUGCCUGACGAAGGGAGUAGAGGAACUUCGCUAGAAGGGAGUAAAACAAAUCUUCGCGAAGAUGAUAAACCGCAAAGUUCUGGCGCCAGUAAAGAGGCUAGUGAAGUGAAGAAAGAGGCUGCAACAUUGGAAAAAAUAGAAGAAAAACCAGGAGAGCAUACAGCAGAGAAAGCAGCAGAGCAAACAGUAGAGAAAUCAACAGAGAAACCAGCAGAUAAACCGGCAGAGAAAGCAGCAGAGAAAUCCGCAAAGAAACCAGCCGAUCAAGCAGCACAAAAAUCACACGAACCGAUUCCAGAAAAAAUGGAUGUUGAAGCAGCCGCUGAGAAAGAGGCCAAAGAGGAGCUCAAUAAGGAAACUAAAAAGUAUAAAGUAGACGCUGAAUGUCAGACUGGCGCAGCAGCAGCAGCUCCGGCUAAGGUUGUAAAAGAAAAGAAAGAAGCGGGAGCUCAGACGGAUGAUGAUGAGGAACAACAGGGUGCUUGCGGUGGUGCACCCAAGGAAACAGCAAAGAAAUAAAGUACCUAUCAUAUCAGUGAUUAAUUUACAAAAAUAAUAAGUAAUCUAUAAUACCGAAAAAUGUUCUAAACAUAUUUGAAUAUUCCAAGAAUUGUUUAAAAUAUAAUUAGUGCGCGAUAAAAUAAAUUAGAA